UUGUUCGCUCUCAGAUCUGUAGCAGCAUCAGUCACAGAUUAGACAUGAGCAACCUCGAAAAGUAGCCUCUUAAAGUGGAUACACACCCGGUGGAUUGUACUUGUCUUUUUCUUGAACUCCAGAUCACUGGAAACCCGGGAGGUUAUUAUUUUACGCACACGUGCUCAACGCAAUUCCCUGGAUGUUGGGAUUAAAAAACCUCUCGGAUCUUUUCUGGCACAAUGAGACUCGUAAAUUUAAUGGAUCUAAGCACCAAAUAGGAGUAAGAUCUAUUUUCGGGCAGCGCUUGCAGCCGGCAUGGCUUUACCAAACUCACCGGGCUCUCCCGAAGCAGGGAAGCCCAGCCCCAACGUCAUAGACCUGGGGACUAUCUUUGUUGACUCGGACAUCAUAUUUGGCUUUACAAGUCACCUGCUAAGAAGAAAAACAAAGGUGGAGGGAUGUCCCAGUGGAGAGUCCGUGGUGAGUCCCAGGAAAAGAUUUCACUCCGCGGAGGAAGCGCGAUGCAGCAGCCGUCCUCCACCUGAGGGCGCCGGGUCAGUUUCCAUCACCGAGUCGGAGGAGAAAGGAGGCUUUUGCCAGCAGUGCCAAAAGAAGGUGUCCGAACUGAAGAAACAGGCGCAAACUCUGGCUGACCACAGCUCCUUAAAGGACCCUGGAUAUGCAACCUUCCUCUUUGAUCAGCUCCAAACACCUGGGAGUCAUGAACCUGACUGUUGCCAGGUCUGCUCCACGCCUCUUCACCAGCUGAGGAAGGAGGCCUUGCAGGCACUCCACUCUCCUGUUCUCGCCUUGGGCUCAGACAUGGCAGCAUUGCCCACCACGUCCACUCAGCAACAGCCUUCCAGAAUCACUGGUUCGUCCUCAAGUGUAAAUGCCAAGCAGUUAGUGAAAGGUCAGCCUACGAACCGCUCUAUCCUGCCUUUGGGGGAGCGGCAUAAGGUUCCAGGCUGGGCCCAAAGCCCGUCUGCCUCUUCAGGGUCCAAGACCAGUGUGCAGGUGACGGUGGCAGGAGGGCAGCUUACUGGAUCUCUGAGCACCGUCACCAUCCAGGCACAGCAGUACCUCGACGGGAUGUGGAGCAUCUCUAGACUCAAUAACUUUCUGGCUCAGCCUAAGCAGGCCCAUAGUUUGAUGGGGGAUGCAGAAAGUGAUGUCACAGCCUUGGAGGCGCCCGUCACCACCAUGACAAACACCACCAGCAGCUGCAGCAGUACCACCACCUCGCUGACGCCCUGCAGACUGAAAGGCCCCAACCACCCAGGAGUCCCAGUACCCAUAACCAGUGCAUCCGCCUCUCCUUCCUCAUCGGCAGCAACCUCCUUCUUCAUCAGGGCAGCUCAGAAGCUUAACCUCUCCUCCAAACGGAAGAAACACCAACCCUCCCUGCUCCACCCACAGGAGCCCUCCAUCUACCCAACUAAUUUCAGUGGCAUCCUGCAGGUCUCACCACCCCCGACUCCGCCAUGUCUCCUCCGAGCCGUGUCCAAAGUGAAAGAGAACCCAGGGAUGGGAAAGGUAAAAGUGAUGAUGCGAAUCUGUCCGUCUCUGGAGGCUGUGGACUCCUCAGAGUCUCAGUCUUUCUUAAAAGUUGACAGCAGGAAAAAGCAGCUGACCCUCUACGACCCUGCAUCCAGCCCGCACUCCAGCUCAGGGCACAGGAGAUCCGCCACUGUGUCCGUCCCAAAGAUAUUUGCCUUCGAUGCUGUUUUUACCCACGAUGCCUCACAAGCUGAGGUGUGCUCAGGGACAGUAGCUGAGGUCAUCCAGUCUGUGGUGAACGGUGCGGACGGCUGCAUCUUCUGCUUCGGCCAAGUCAAGCUCGGCAAAACAUACACCAUGAUUGGCAAAGACAGCUCCACUCAGAGCUUGGGCAUUGUGCCCUGUGCUAUUUCCUGGCUCUUCAAGCUCAUCAACGAGCGCAAGGAGAAGACGGGCACUCGCUUCUCAGUUCGUGUGUCUGCUGUAGAAAUCUUUGGGAAAGAUGAAGAGCUGAAGGACCUGUUGUCUGAGGUGUCAACAGGCAGUCUGCAGGAGGGCCAGUCCCCGGGAAUCCAUCUGAGAGAGGAUCCCAUCUGUGGCACUCAGCUCCAGAACCAGAGCGAGCUUCGAGCCCCAACUGCUGAGAAAGCCGGCUUCUUCCUGGACGCAGCCCUCGCCGCACGCAGCACCAGCAGGCCAGAUGCAGAUGAAGAUGAAAGGCGCAACUCGCACAUGCUGUUCACACUACAUAUUUACCAAUAUCGCAUGGAGAAAAGCGGCAAAGGAGGAAUGUCGGGUGGACGGAGCAGACUGCACCUUAUUGAUUUGGGAAGCUGUGAGAAGGUCCUGAGCAAAAGCAGAGAUGGAGGUGGAGGCAUGUGUCUUUCCCUGAACGCACUGGGAAACGUCAUAAUGGCUUUGACAAAUGGAGCAAAACAUGUACCUUACAGGGACAGCAAACUAACAAUGUUGCUGAGGGAGUCUCUUGGCAACAUCAACUGCAGAACCACCAUGAUUGCCCAUAUCUCAGAUUCCCCAGCCCACUACGCUGAUUCACUCAACACAAUCCAGCUGGCUUCUCGUAUUCACCGUAUGAGGAAGAAGAAAUCAAAGUAUGCAUCCAGUUCAUCUGGAGGGGAAAGUUCCUGUGAGGAAGGCAGAGUUCGACGGCCUCCACACUUAAGACCGUUCCACCCUCGGACAGUAGCCCUGGAUCCAGACCUGCCAGCUCUCCUCAGCGACCCAGAAUACUCUUCAAGUAGUGAACAAUCUUGUGAUACCGUCAUUUAUGUCGGACCUGGGGGAACUGCAAUUUCAGAUAGAGAGCUUAGUGACAAUGAAGGCCCACCUGCCUUUGUUCCCAUAAUCCCCUCGCUUAACAAGAAGAGAUCUGCAAAAGAGGGCCCUCAGGAUAGAGACCAGUUCUUUAAGUGCAACACAUUUGCUGAGCUGCAGGAGAGAUUGGAAUGUAUAGACGGUAGUGAAGAGCCCACUGCCUUUGUUGGAGAAGGCAAGAGAAACCAGGCUAGCCCUAAAACAGAAAAAUCCAAGGAAAACCAAGUCUGUAAUUCACCAAAGACUGGAAUAAAUCUUUACAACAACCAAGAGGGAAUCUCAACUAAACAAUCUAUUCCUAUUCAAAUAUCCUGCAGUGCCAAUGUUAUACCCAAACUUGAUGCCAACAAGAGACAAUGCAUGCCUUCAGAAAGGGUUCCAGCAGAGACUGUCCAAAAUGUAUGCAGAACCAGUGCAGAUGGAGAGAAGGUGCUGAUGUCUGAAAGCCAGGUCACCACAAACAGAUCAACAGCUCCCAUAGCCAUAAGCUCUGAGCCUGUAGUAAGGGAGAAAGUUUAUCCCAAUAAGAAAGCUUUGCCGAAGCCAGCUCCACCUCCUUCACAACAAAUGGAAAAUCCUGAAAAAGGAGAACGAUCAGGCACCAGGAUGCCACCAGUGGGAAUGAGCCACCAAGCUGUUAAAAGAAGGGACCCUUGCACAUCGCCUUUUCUCAGAGCACCUGUAGAGGUGUGUCAAGUGCGCUCAACUUUAAGGGAAAGGUGUUUGGAUCGCGAUAUCCUUAGAGCUACUGUCACCCUACAGCAGCCAGUGGAGCUGAAUGGGGAGGAUGAGUUAGUGUUUACUGUUGUGGAAGAGCUCUCCAUUGGUAGUAUUGUAGAUAAGGGUCGGCCAUCAAGCAUUAUUAGCUUUAACAGUGACUGCUCACUUCAGGCCCUGGCCUCUGGUUCUAGGCCUGUCAGCAUCAUCAGCAGCAUCAAUGAUGAAUUUGAUGCCUACACAUCAACUGUGGGAGGAUCUGAGGUCAACAUUGCCAUGGUGACACCCACCCAGGAGAGCACAAUGGAGUGUAUAGACAGCAGGGGUUCGUCUAUCAGUUCUUGGUUGAGUGAGGUCAGUGUCUGCACCUUGGAAAGUGAAGGGGCCCAUUCAACAGAUGUUUUCCUUCCACAGGCCCAACACAUAGGGCCAGAGUCCACCUUUUACUUCGAUUCCCUUGAAAUGUUUCAUUGUAUGUCAUCUACAAGAGAUGCCAAGAGCUCCUUAAAUGACAGUGGAUUCAGUUUUUCUGAACAAGACAGUGACAGUGCCACAUCAAGUAAACUGUCAUUGUCGAGAUGCCCCCAAUCCCCAGAAUCAACCAAAGGGUCCCUUCGAUUUACAUCUAAAUUAUCCAAAGCUCACUCAGUGAGCUCCCCUCCACUUCCACAGGGCUCCUCGAUUGUCCACUCUAGUCUUCCCAGGAAGAUUAAACCUACCUCAUCCAUCUCUCAUAGCAGUAGCAGUAGCAGCAGCAGCAGUAGAGAUCCACCGAGGCAAGAAGCUAAACAGGAGGAUCCCUGGCAGCGCGUCAACAACCACGCAGAACCUCAGACUUCUGACAGCAGCACCAGCAGAUUUCUCAGAAAUCCCCCCUGUGGUGUCUUUUCCAGCAAAGCAUCUAACAACAGCAACAGUGUACCUCACCCUCCCAAGGUACAGGGGUCUACCUCAUCCCAGAGAGUGGUUGAUGGCUGUGAGAAGUCAGCUACCAGAAAUCCACCCAGCAGAAUGCCUCAGCUGAGGCGAGGAGCCACCACCCUGGGAACGGUGCCUGUUAUUCAUUCCUCUUCAGAUCACAAGGGAAGCCAAGAUAUUGCUUCAUCUUCUGGAAGCCUUAAAUUCUCCUCGCUAGGGAAAAACAACAAGGCUAACUCACAGAAAGCAAGUAAUCUCCCCAAGCCUGGUUGCACCUCACCACCUCCUCCUCCAGUUAGGAAAUCAAGCCUUGAUCACAAGACUAAGAUUUUGCUGCCCCAAAGUGCCUUAAAGUCAGCAUAUGGAGUGGCAGUGAGGACCUAUGGGGGAAGGACAGCUGUUUCAGAGGAUGAACUUGAGGUACAUCGUAAAGCAGACUCUACCAAUUUCAAAACCUCCAGCCUCAACACAGCCAAAGUUACCUCUAGCCUGAAGGCCAAAGGUUCUAAAGGAGAGGUUGGUCUGCAUUAUGGCAGCCAAAUGUCACUUGAAAGGUGUGAAAGCCUUUCUCUCUCUGGCUCCAGAGCUACGCUUAGCAGGGAAAACAGUGGAGCAAGUCUGGGUAGCAAAUCCAACAAGUCAAUUCCAAGAUUUGGUAUUCCUAAUUCAUCUAGUUCUCCGAUAGCUACCUUCCAGUCUACUCAAAGUGGAGGAAACAAUACUAAGCCAAGUCAGGCUAAGACCUCUGUAAAUACAAGAGCAUUAGGAGCAGUUAAUGGGAAUAAAGCACGCUCACUAUCAGCCAAUAACUCCAAGGGCCUCAGCUCCUCUACUAAAUCUUUGGCCUCUCCCGUGACCCGGAAUACUAAUGCCAACCUCCCGCCAACAGGUCGAAUAUCAGGCUCUCGGACUACUGCUCCAGUCCCAAAUAAACCUGGGAGAGGGACUAUCAUGGGCACAAAGCAGGCCAUUAGGGCCGCAAACAGUCGUGUCAGCGAACUUGCAACAGGGAACAUAUCAGGAAAGCAUGGGAGAGGUUCAGGAGAUUCAGACAGCGGGAAUGACAGUGGAGUAAAUGUGGCUGAUGACAAGUCCCCCACAGCCAUGCUACCUUCUCCGUACAGUAAAAUCACUGCACCCAGACGGCCUCAGCGCUAUAGCAGUGGUCAUGGCAGUGACAACAGCAGCGUGCUGAGUGGUGAACUGCCUCCAGCCAUGGGCCGCACAGCUCUGUUCUACCACAGUGGAGGCAGCAGCGGAUAUGAGAGCAUGAUCAGGGACAGUGAAGCCACAGGUAGUGCUUCGUCUGCCCUUGACUCCAUGAGUGAAAGUGGGAUUUCAUCUUCAGGCAGAGCAAGGAGCUCCAAGUAUCCCAAGAAAAGAGCUAAUGGCUUCCAGAGAAGGCGACUUAUUCCUGCACCCCUGCCAGACACAUCAUCCUUGGGGAAAAAGGUGGCCCCAGCAGGCCAGUGGGUGGACUUGCCUCCUAUGUCUGGACAGUUGAAAGAGCCCUUUGAGAUCAAAGUAUAUGAGAUUGAUGAUGUGGAACGGCUCCAAAGACGGCGUCAGGAGGAAACCACAGAGCAACCCUACCAAGAAGUUGAAAAGGGUCUGGUGUAUUUUAACAGCAAGUGGAGGUUGCUAGAGAGAAGGCAACAGCAGGUGAGGGAAUUAAGAGCAAAACAUCAAGUGUUGUUGGAGGAGCUAGAGGACACAAAGAUUCGACUAAUGAUGGAUCCGAGCAAGUGGGUUGGAGAAUUUGAUGUGGACCAGAGUAUGGAUAAAGAGUCUCCAGAGUACCUGGAGGCCUUGGCACAGGCCACAGAGGAGUUGGAGUUUUGCGUCAAUCUUUGCAAGUCCCACGUCAUGAUGGUGACUUGUUUCGACAUCAGCAUGCCGUCGACACCCGGCACUCAAGAGGGACUGCGGGAAGUUGAAGUCUGAGGACAAAAGCAAGUAGGAAUCUAAAAGAAAGUGGAAGUGAGAAGAAAAAGGUAGAAGAGAUGUAGCAGUCAGUCUAUAGAUAUCACUGGAAUGAAGUACUAAAGAGACGGAUGGGGGCCAAGAGCGGAGCUUUACUGAAAAACAUAGGAGAUCUCGACCAUCUGAGCUACAGUGCCUCGUUGUCUAGGACAAAGCAGAGGAAUGAAGCGUGAGCACAAACGCUGUUGUCUUCAUGGCAAAGCAGUGGCUAUCACUUACUGAAAAGUCGACAAACACCCUGAAGUGCCUUUUUUUAAUGUUCUUUUUGAGUCAUUAUUUUUCAUACAACGCAGGUGUUUUAAGCAUACCUGAACAUAACCCUGAACACGUUGCUUUUAAGAAAAAAAAUAUUUUAUACCGCAUUGUAUAGUGUAUUUAAAUGAAUGUGUGGUGUGUACAAUUAACCUUUUUUUAAGUGGGAAAAAUAAAGAAAACAUAAGAAGCAAUAAGCUAAUGUUAUUGCGGUCCCAGACUUUGCCUUUUCUCUUGUUUCUAACCUCAAGUCAGCAUUUUCUCCAUGGUCAUUCAGCCUCUUGCGCCUUAAGUUCGAUUUGUAUUUCUGUAGUUUUCUAGACUUUCAAACUGGACUGUAUUAUUUCAUCACAGACCGCCUUUCCUCCUGUCAGCUGGCCUGUAAAAGCUCACAGGGUGGAAAUGAUUUGUUUUUCCUACAGUUGCCUUUAUCAAAAUUGGUCUCGGUGGAUCAGCUGGUGUGUUUGAUGGCAAGCAAAGUUUAUUUGAAAUGUGCUAACUGAUGUUUAUCUCCCUGGAAAUCAAAAAAUGAAGCCAAAACAAUCAGAAGGGCACUGUGAUGGACAUUGAGAGAGUUUUCCACCCUCAGUUGUGACAGUAGGUCUCAUCUUUGACCCUUAUUUCUCUGCAGAUGGUUUGAACUAUGUAAUGUAAAAUACAAAUGAGACAGUGCCAAUGUGCCAGCCUCUUCCUGUACAGUAUUUUUCCUGAACAGUGCUUUUCCCAAGUGCUACCAAGCCUCAGUUCUAUGCAUUCCAGCACAUUUACACUGUAACUACUUUUAAAGUCCUCAGAAGCAACGUUAAUCUUUAUCUGCAACAAGACUGUUUAGAAAAAAAUGGCAACAUUUAAUAAGCAUCUCCCACAAUGACUAAAUCUGCUUCCUCGGGAAAGGAUGCAGGAAUGGACGGUGAUUGUAGCGGUGUCCAGCAAAAAUCAAUCAUAUUGGCUCUUUGAAGCCACCCAAACACGUUUAUGAAUCAAAUGGCUGACACACAGAGAAGAAGAGAGAUCUGAGAGAAUGAUUGUUCCAAAAACAUGAAAAACCAGACUGGCUAUGAUUUAUCUUGGUGUGCUUGUUUUGUUUCCUUUUACAAAGAUGUACUCUCUCAGGCCCUCACAGAAGAUGCUGCAUGAGAUUUUUUAACCAUUUUUACAGAUGAUUUCUACUCUCCAUUUUUACCAUUCUAAUUUUUUACAAUAAUUUUGGUUUUCACUAAGGAAGAGGGUGGGCUCAUGAAUAAAAAAACAAAAAAACAAACAGAGCUUCUUUUCCAAGGUGUGAUAAUAUGUAAGGUCUCGUUUCAUAUCAAAACCCAUAUUUUCUAAGAUCUUUGUUUUUGUAUAGGAUUUUCAAACCUUGUGUAUAGAUGUAUAAUAUGGCAGCUUGUGUUUUUUCCCAGUAUCUGUGAAUAAAAUGUUUCUUCUUA